CCCAAAGACGCCACUGAACGCACCCAAGGCUUGCCCAGCUGCCCGCUAAUCUGACGCCCUCCUGAUGCGGAAAAUUCAAAAGCUGGUGGUAUAGCAAUACUACCGCGACCAUGUCCGGCCCACCUCCUCUGCACGGCGACCUGUUCAGCUUCGGCAACAUCGACGUCCUGCCCAUGUUCCAGGGAGCAGGGCACAACGACCAGGGCAUUUCCGGGCCAGCGUCCAGCGCAACCGGCCUAGCUGAUGCGCUCCAUCUCGACGACGCCAGCAGCGACGCCAUGGCACUUCUCGAGAGCACCAUGAUGGCUCACUUCGGCGGCGACAUGUCUCUCAACAUUGACCCCAUGGCCGGCAUGCUGGACGACGACGCCGGCGAGGUGGACGGCCGCCUCAUCUCCCAAGACGCAAUUCUCAAGGCUCAGGACCAGUUCAACACCGCAGCCAACGACGUCCCGGGCGCAGGGCCCAUGCCAGCCGCAGCCUUUACGCCCACCGCCAUGGCCAGCAACAGCAACAACCCGCUGACCGAGUUCACCAAGCGACGCAACUGGCCGGCGAAAGUGGUUGAGGAGCUCAGGGACCUGCUGCAGAUCCUCGACUCCAACGGGCGCAUCAAGUAUGUGUCUCCCAGCAUCACGCCCUUGGCGGGCUACACCCCCGAAGAGGUCCAGGACACCUUUUUGAAGCACCUCAUCCAUCCCGACGACCAGGGCGUCCUCGUCUCCGAGCUCCACGAGUCCAUUGCAACCGGCAACCCGCUGCGCGUCUUCUAUCGCAUGAGGAAGAAGGACGGCACCUAUGCGAUCUUCGAGGCCGUGGGCCACGCCCACAUCGCGGCGGCCAGAUUCGCCCCGAAUCCAAAUAACCAAUCGCCCUUUUGCCAGGCCGUCUUCAUGAUGGCGCGCCUUUACCCGACGAAGAAUGCAGCCCUGCUGGACUCAUUUCUGGAGCACAAGAUUGAGAACGAGAGGUUGAGGCGCCGCAUAGCUGAGCUGCGCAGAGAGGAGGAGGCGGAGGCAGAGGAGGCGCAGCGGCAGUGGGCGCACAAUCGGGAGGGCCGGUCCGAUGUCACGUCGGAAAAUGCUAGCACGGCAGCGUCGACGGUAUACGGAUAUCACAGCGUCCCUAACGAGAUGCCCAUGCCAUCAGCAGCAGCAGCGGCUGCCGGCGCCGCUGCCGUUGACGGUGCGUUGACGAGAAAGAACCUGGAGGGCGCCACGGGGGGUAAUCGUCAGGACUCAUUGCGUGAUAAGAUGGCACGAUUUGAAGCGUCCUCGGCGGAUACGAUAGCGUUCUUGACAGGCAUAGAAAAUGGGGAGCGGAUGAGCAAUGGCAACCGGAGCCCUACUCUGAUCAAGGGCGAUGCCGGAAUCGCCAUGCCCAUGGACCGGGAUUCCAAGUCAGGCGACAAGAAGAAGAAGCUCAAGUUGGCAGAAGAAUACGUCUGCACUGACUGCGGCACUCUCGACUCCCCAGAAUGGCGAAAAGGCCCCAGCGGGCCAAAGACACUCUGCAACGCCUGCGGGCUACGCUGGGCCAAGAAGGAGAAGAAGCGCAACAGCGUCGGGACUCCCUUGGCCAAGCCUAUCGCGAGCGGAUGA